AUGGUUCCUGGAAAUGGUUCUUUCGUAACUGAAUUCAUUCUGGUGGGGUUAACAGACCAACCAGAUCUCCAAGUUCCCUUUUUCUUCCUGUUCCUAGGAGUGUAUAUGGUCACUGUGAUGGGUAAUUUGGGAUUGAUAGUCCUAAUUGUGCUAAAUUCACAUCUACACACCCCCAUGUACUUUUUCCUCUUUAACUUGUCCUUCACAGACCUCUGUUAUUCUUCAGUAUUUACACCAAAAAUGCUGAUUAACUUCAUAUCACAGAAGAAUAUUAUUUCUUACAUGGGAUGUAUAACCCAGCUCUACUUUUUCUGUUUUUUUGUCAUUUCUGAAUGCUAUGUGCUCUCAUCAAUGGCCUAUGAUCGCUAUGUGGCCAUCUGUAACCCACUUUUGUACAACAUUGCCAUGUCCCCUAAAGUGUGUUCCAGCCUUUUGCUUGGUUCAUACUUGAUGGCAUUUUCUGGUGCCAUGGCUAUCACUGGAUGCAUGCUGAGACUGACCUUCUGUGAUGCAAAUACCAUCAACCAUUAUUUGUGUGACAUCCUCCCUCUGCUCCAGCUCUCCUGCACGAGCACCUACGUCAAUGAACUGGUGGUUUUCAUUGUGGCGGGCAUCAACAUCAUUGUGCCCAGUAUCACCAUCUUUGUCUCUUACAGUUUCAUCCUGUCCAGCAUCCUUCACAUCAGUUCCACGGAGGGCAGGUCCAAAGCCUUCAGCACCUGCAGUUCCCACAUAAUUGCUGUGUCUCUGUUCUUUGGAUCAGGUGCAUUUAUGUAUCUCAAACCAUCUUCUGCUGGGUCUAUGGAUGAGGGAAAAAUCUCUUCUGUCUUUUAUACCAAUGUGGUUCCCAUGAUGAACCCCUUAAUCUAUAGUUUGAGGAACAAAGAUGUUAAAAUUGCUCUGAGUAAAAUCCUGAGGAGAAGAAAGUAUUGA